CGAUGUCUGGAAUUUACACUAAGAAAUGUGUCGAUGACGUGUGGGAUAGUUCGGAAGGAGCGCUUCCUUUCAAGUUGCAGCGGAUAGCUGAAGAAGAGUUGGGAGAGACAUCUGCGAAGAGAAAGGAAGCCCUGGAAAGGCUUUCACAACUUUUGGAAGAGGAGGCGGAAUUAAAUUCUCAGAGAGACCCUGCCUUUCUUCUGCGCUUCCUGCGGGUGCGAAAGUACGACGUGGAAUCGGCUGCGCAAACUAUUCGAAACUACUACAGAAGCCGAGUGGUCAGCGCGUCCUCUUACCAGGAAUUACUUCCGAGCAAGGUGCCUCCGGCUGCUCGAAAUCUGGUCAUGGUUAUGCCCGAGACGGAUCGCCACGGGAGGCUGAUUCUUCUCUGCAGACCGGGCAUAUGGAUGCCCGAAGAAUUGCCGUAUGCUGAUUUACAUCGUGCUUGCCUGCUCUGUUUGGAACACAUGGCGCCGAACCCUUCGACACAAACCUCCGGAAUCGUUCUCUUGGUUGAUUACGCCGAGUUCACGGCGGACAAGAUAUUGUCCGUUAACAUAGGGCUCGUUAGAAAAGCCCUAGGUUAUGUACAGGAUGGUAUGCCGAUGCGACUGAAAGCGGUGCACAUCGUAAGACAGUCGUACGCUUUCGACAUGGUUUUCGCACUCUUCAAACCCUUCAUCAAGGCCAAGAUGGCCGAACGGUAUCGAUUCCACGGAGAGAACUUCGAGAAGCUUCAUGAAGACAUACCGCCCAGCGCACUGCCGGUUGAGUACGCUGGCCAGGGACCGCCACUCGACUUUGAGGCAUACUGGAGACAAGUAGACGAACAGGAAGGGGUUUUCGUGCGUGGAAACAGCUUCGGCUAUGCCACACAAAACAAGGAUGACAUGGUCGCCAACACUGAGAUGCCGCAUGAACUUACUACGCUUUGA